AUGCCUCGCCUUAAUCCCCUCCCUCUUCAACAGAUCGUAGCACAACCUUCAAGCCUAGCCAUACCCCAGACUCAGCUAACAGCCUCAAUCCUCCCAAAACCCCCCAGCCCCUCCAUAUUCAGCGUGCCCUCCACCGCCUCCAGCAAUGCCUCCUCCGAGAAUCCGAACGGUCUCUCAACAUCAAAGCCAGAUAUCAUCCGGAGCUGCAUCACGGAUGUACUUGAAGUUGCUGUAGGAGUCUUCCGCCAUAGGUGGAUAUUUGCAAAAUGUGGAGCAAAACGGAUAGGAAGUGUUAUGGAUGUCCUUGAAGCUGCUGCGGGAAUCUUCCGCGGCGGUUAA